GAACUUGAUUACUUUUUCUUGAAUUACCUAUCGAAAAAACGUGUGUGCACGCGAAGCAGGCGAAAAGAAAUUCUUUUGUUAAAAGUGAAGAAAAGUGUUGAUUAAUUGAAAUUAAUUAAACAAAUAAAUCCAAAAAAGAAGACAGAAUGUUGCGCGCUACAAAAUUCUUGCCACGUUUGAUUGGACAAAAACAGGCCAGUUUGGUUGCCGGAAAAUAUUCUAGCAUUUUCGAAAAUCAAUCCACCGCCUUGAACAAUGGAAUUGCCGCUCAGUUGCGUCACAAAUCUGGUGAGGUCAAAGGAGCCGUCAUCGGUAUUGAUUUGGGUACAACCAACUCCUGUGUCGCCGUUAUGGAAGGUAAACAAGCUAAAGUAAUUGAAAAUGCCGAAGGUGCCCGUACCACACCCUCCCAUGUUGCCUUCACCAAGGACGGUGAACGUUUGGUUGGUAUGCCAGCUAAGCGUCAAGCUGUUACCAAUGCUCAGAACACAUUCUAUGCCACCAAACGUUUGAUUGGUCGUCGUUUUGAUGAUCCCGAAAUCAAGAAAGAUUUAAAGAAUUUGUCCUACAAAGUUGUGAAGGCUUCAAACGGCGAUGCCUGGGUUCAAUCUACAGAUGGCAAAGUGUACUCACCCUCACAAAUUGGUGCUUUCGUUUUGAUGAAAAUGAAGGAAACUGCUGAAGCCUAUUUGAAUACACCUGUCAAGAAUGCCGUCGUUACUGUUCCCGCCUACUUCAACGAUUCGCAACGUCAAGCCACCAAGGAUGCUGGUCAAAUUGCUGGUCUUAAUGUUUUGCGUGUCAUCAACGAGCCCACUGCUGCUGCCUUGGCCUAUGGUAUGGACAAGACCGAUGAUAAAAUCAUUGCCGUCUACGAUUUGGGUGGUGGUACUUUCGAUAUUUCCAUUUUGGAAAUCCAAAAGGGUGUUUUCGAAGUCAAGUCCACCAACGGUGAUACCAUGUUGGGUGGUGAAGAUUUUGACAAUGCCAUCGUCAACUAUUUGGUCUCUGAAUUCAAGAAGAGCAGCGGCAUUGACAUCACCAAAGAUUCCAUUGCCAUGCAACGUUUGAAGGAAGCCGCCGAAAAGGCCAAAUGUGAAUUGUCCUCCUCUCAACAGACCGACAUUAACCUGCCCUACUUGACCAUGGAUGCCUCCGGACCACAACACAUGAACUUGAAGAUGACCCGUUCGAAAUUGGAAAACUUGGUUGGUGAUCUCAUCAAGCGUACCAUCCAACCCUGUCAAAAGGCCUUGUCCGAUGCUGAAGUCAGCAAGUCUGAUAUUGGUGAAGUUUUGUUGGUCGGUGGUAUGACCCGUAUGCCAAAGGUACAACAAACUGUACAAGAAUUGUUCGGCCGUCAACCUUCCCGCUCUGUCAAUCCCGAUGAAGCUGUUGCCGUUGGUGCUGCUGUUCAAGGUGGUGUCUUGGCCGGUGAUGUUACCGAUGUUUUGCUUUUGGACGUCACUCCCUUGUCUUUGGGUAUUGAAACCUUGGGUGGUGUAUUCACCCGUUUGAUCAACCGCAACACCACCAUCCCCACCAAGAAGUCUCAGGUCUUCUCCACCGCUGCUGAUGGGCAAACUCAAGUAGAAAUCAAGGUACAUCAAGGUGAACGUGAAAUGGCUGCUGAUAACAAGAAAUUGGGUUCCUUCACAUUGGUUGGUAUUCCACCAGCUCCUCGUGGUGUGCCACAAAUUGAAGUCGUCUUCGACAUUGAUGCCAACGGUAUUGUACAUGUCUCCGCCAAGGAUAAGGGCACUGGCAAGGAACAACAAAUUGUCAUUCAAUCCAGCGGUGGUCUCAGCAAGGACGAAAUCGAAAACAUGGUCAAGAAAGCCGAAGAAAUGGCUGCCGAAGAUAAGAAGAAACGUGAAAUGGUUGAGUUGGUCAACCAAGGUGAAAGCAUUGUCCAUGACACCGAAACCAAGAUGGAAGAAUUCAAGUCUCAAUUGCCUGCUGAAGAGUGCGAAAAAUUGAAGAAGGAAAUUGCUGACCUCCGCACAUUGUUGGCCAACAAGGAAACCGCCGAUCUUGAAGAAGUCCGUAAGGCCACCAGCAACUUGCAACAAUCCUCCUUGAAACUCUUCGAAAUGGCCUACAAAAAGAUGGCUUCUGAACGCGAAAGCCAAAGCGGCAGCAGCACAUCGGAAGAAUCCACCGGCAGCGAAGAAAAGAAGACCGAGGGCAAGAACUAAGUCAUCACAAUACUUAGUUAAUUGUCGUUUUAUAAUUUUAUCUUAAUUUUAUAUACGCAUAUUUAGUGUUAUUUUUUGGACAAUAAGUUACUUCCUCACUACUCUAGGCCAUACAUUUGUUUUGUUUCUAUUUAGAUGAGAAGAAGAAGAAGAAAAAGGAGAAGAAAUUAACAUCCAUUUUAUGGCCAAUUCUGGACAGCAUAAAGUUUUUAUUGUUUAUUAUGUCUGUCCGCAUUUCGAAAUGUUUGCUUUUGACAUUUUGGAAUGUUGUGAUUGUCACUGGAUGGUCGCCCGCAGCACCCUCUGUUUUUAAGGGGGGGGUAAACGCGUAAUACGUUUCACAUACGUCAUACCCUUUAUAGAUUUUACCUUAGUUCUAGUGUUUAGCGUAGCCAGCAGCGUAUUGCGCUUUAAGUCCCUGUGUAUAUUGAACAAACAUGAAAUGAACCACUUAACCGCACUAAAAAAAUAAAACUAGAGUAGUAGACUAAGACCUAAAAUC